GAAGGGUUGUGUGUGUGGAGAGGAAGUCAGAGGAGAGGGGCUGGGAGGGGGUCGGUGUGUGAGGACAGACAUCAAAGAGAGACUUUGCAAGAGAAAGAACAUCUGCAAACAAGAUGCUGUUCCUGCAACUUGUGCUGUUGGCGGUUCUCCUCCCUGGGGGUGACAGCGAAGAUGAAGAUGAUUCCCAAGAACCAGUCUCCUUCCGAGUCAUUAGAACCUCAUCCCUCUACAACCGUUCCUGGACACAAAAUCAAGGCUCAGUUUGGCUGGAUGACGUGCAGAUUCAUGCCUGGGACAAUAAGAAUCGAACUUUCGUUUUCCGGUGGCCUUGGGCCCAGGGAGAUUUAAGCAACGAAGAGCGGAUGGAAGCAGAUCAGUUAUUCUAUUCAAACUAUAUUUUUUAUAAUCUGGUUUACCAUGACCAUGUCAACCAAUGGCAGCUUGAAUAUCCCUUUCAGGUACAGAUGGAAAUAGGCUGUGAGCUGCACAUUGGAGAACCUUUCUCAGGAUUCAUGAGGUAUGCUUAUCAAGGUGCAGACCUUAUACGUUUCCAGAACACGUCAUGGAGGCCAUCUCCAAAGGGAGGAAGUAGGGCUCAACAGGCCUCCAGCGUAUUCAAUCAAUACCAUGAAGACAAUGAAUUCAUACAUGAGCUCAUCACUGGCUACUGUCCGCGUUACGUCUCGAGUCUUCUUGAUGUGGGGAAGGCGGAUCUCCAGCGACAAGUGAGGCCCGAGGCCUGGCUGUCCACUGGCCCCAGCCCUGGGCCUGGCCGUCUGCUGCUGGUGUGCCACAUCUCUGGCUUCUACCCCAAGCCUGUGUGGGUGAUGUGGAUGCGGGGCGAGCAGGAGCAACAGGGCACCCAGAGAGGUGACGUCCUGCCCCAUGCUGAUGGGACAUGGUACCUUCAGGUGUCCUUGGAUGUGAAAGCCAAGGAGGCAGCUGGCCUGUCCUGCCGGGUGAGACACAGCAGUCUAGGAGGCCAGGACAUUGUCCUCCACUGGGAGCAGCCCCACUCCGUGGGCUUGGUCUUCCUGGUGGUGAUCGUGCCCCUGGUGCUCCUGGCAGGCCUGGCGUGGUGGCUCUGGAAGCGCUGGAAAGCCCACUGGAGACCUCAGUGCAUGGACUUCCCUUUGGAGCAGGAUCUCAGCCGCCCAGGCUCCAGCACUUACCUAAACCCAGCUCAGCACUGACGUCCUGGCACUCCCUGUGGCCAACUCUUCCUUAGUCCUCCCUAUGGACCGGUUCUCAGUGUCAGCUCAGCGUGAUUUAAUGGAAUUUCCUGUUCUGAUUGGUUCAGUAUCUUAAGUCUGAAAAUUUAACUCAUUGUAAAUGAUGUCCCAACACCCUCUAUCCAUUACAGGCAUCGUAUGUCCCUCCCUCCAGUGGGUCCUCCCUCAGUCAGAAGUGGAGGCAGUCUACAUGGUGAUAAUUUCCACCACUUUAACCUGCAUUUUGAUAAUUCUAUUCCUGACCCCCAGGCCUUGCUGCCCCCAUUGUGUCCCUUCCCUUCUAAUUAUUGGAUGUUUGACAGCAAAGUCCAUGUCUUUUUAGUAUUUGUAUUCUUGGCAAAGAGAGUCCCUUGUAUGGAAUAU